UCAAAGUGCUCGUUACAUAUUGUUCUUGACUGAAGUCGGAAAAGCGGCCAAGUCAAAAUGGUGUGAUGAAGGAAUUGUGUGUUGUAUUGUGUUCUGCUGUGAUUAUGCAAAGAAGAACACGAAAUUAUGAGCUUGGAGGAAUCACAAUGUUCCAAGGAGAAGAAAGAUGAAAACGAGAAGGUUUGUUACUGCCACGGACCCAAGGAAGGGGAUUUGAUUCAGUGUACAAGUUGCCAGUUGUACUUCCACUCAGGUUGUUUAAAGUCUGGGCGUCCUUCUCCUCUUGCGGGGGAUGUGUUCUUUAACUUGACCUGCGCUAACUGUUCUGAUGAUGGACAUGAUGACUGUUAUAGAGGAAACAUUAGCUGGAUGCAGGCUGUGUAUCUAGCUCUUUACAACCUUCUGUUAAGUGGAAGUGGAAGAAAAGGGUAUUUCAGAUGGAAAGAAGACAUCUGCCAGUUUAUUGAUAGAAACUGGUUGCUGCUCUUUCCUUAUAAAAGGCGUUCCACAUCUUGGUGUAGCACAAUUGCAGGGACAUUGUCAGUUGGCUGUCCUCGUUACUUCAAGUCAGGUCAACAGGAAUUCAAGGAGUCGGGCUGGUGGUCCCUAAAGGAAAACAUCUCUCCGGUAGAAGUCUUGAACAUCUCUGGAGCAGAUGCUAAGAAGCGUAAACUACCAAAGAAAAGAACUCCUGAGAAAAGAAUACAAAAAUCUGAUCCAAGCCCUGAAAGUACCAAAAGGACUUCAGGAGAAGUGGGCAUAAGUGAUGGUAUUCUUUCUAAUGAGGACUUUACUGAUCUUGACUACAACACCAUGAUGGCUUCCCUGAUUGGGGAAGAACAACCUCCAUUAAUAGCGGUGUCAGAUACCCCGGCCAUUAUGGAAGUAGAGAGCUUGUGCUCUCUUAUCAGAGGAGGGGUUGAUGAGGUAGAACAGGAAGACUGUGACAGCAGUGAAGAUGAUGAUAAUGAUGAUGAUGGUGGUGAUGAUAAUGAUGAUAAUGACGAUGGGAAUGACAAAGAUAAUGAUAACAAUGAUGUCGCAAGCAGCUCUUCCAAUGGUUUCAGCACUGGAGGCAAGCAUUAUUCUGGCUCCCUUCCCAUUGGGCAGUCAAACAAAUCCUUGAAUGACUCCUUGAAUGACGCUCCAAUAAACACAUCAAAUAUGAAUGAACCAAUGGACAUGUCCUCAAGUGAACAGCAAGAAAUGCAAAGCAGUAAAACACAAUUGAGCACAAGCAGUAGUGACCCUAGACUAGAGAAUACUACCUCAACAAGGCAACAGCAGUCUGAUAAUGCAGAUGAAAGCAAGAAGACAUGUGCUGAACAGAGAGUGGUCCCUAUGACUGAAGUCCAGGAGCAUGAGCUGUUGUGCAGAUUGGACGCUUGUCCACUUGCUCUUCAAGAAGACAGCACAAUGAGAAGACUUAGAAGAAAACUCCUCCUGAGAAAGACCAAACGUGACCGUGCCUUACCGCUGUUUGAUGUGGACAGAAUCAUCUCCCAAUCACUGAGAACUAUCAGUGGUUAUGCAUUCAUUGAUGGCAAUGUGGUACCCAAAAAGGAGGAUCCUUCUAAGCUGGACAGCUGUUUCUUUGAGAAAAGCACGGAACAGAAACCUUCUUGGACAACACAUUUGUCUCUUGGGAGGAAAAGCAACAUUCUUGAUCGAUUCCAGGCAGCCCCACAGAUGCUUCAUGGGCAAAGGCGCAGUGCUACAAGUUUCCGGCACCUAUUAAUAGGGGUGCACCAGCACAACCACAUGCGGCCCUUUACCAGUCCAUAUACAUCCAGAAUGCUCAAACCAUAUAUUCGAAGAGACUUUGAGAGUCGACCCCUGAAACUGAGGCUGAUGGAAGAGCUAAUGGAACGCACCCACAGGGGCCAGAUGGGGUGGAAGCCACAAGAGCGGCGUCCUAUAGACUAUUGUUAUGUGCAGCCUCAUCACAUUCCAUCUGUGAAUGCCAUGUGCCGUGAAUUCUUCUGGCCAGGGAUUGAUCUUUCAGAGUGUCUUCAAUACCCGGAUUUCAGCUGUGUGGUCCUAUACAGGUGUUAUGUGAUUGGCUUUGCAUUCAUGGUCCCAGAUGUGAAGUACAAUGAGGCAUACAUCUCCUUUAUACUGGUGCAUCCGGAGUGGCAGCAUGCCGGCAUAGGCUCCUACAUGUUAUACCAUCUAAUCCAGACGUGUAUGGGAAAGGAUGUGACAUUACAUGUAUCUGCAACCAAUUCUGCCAUGCUGCUGUACCAGAGAUUUGGUUUCAAGCCAGAGGAAUUCAUAAUUAACUUCUAUGAACGCUACCUUCCAGCCAACAGUCCACAGUGCCCACAUGCAUUCUUUUUGAGACUACGAAGAUGACCUCCAAGCUUCUUUUUUUUUUUACUCCACAAAGCUAUGUGGCGGUAUGAUUGUCCUGCACUGUAUUUUUUCCUUGUGUGAUUUUUUUUUCUGCUUUUUGAUCACCCCUCCCCCCAUCGUCCCUCCCUUAGAUAUUUUGCUUACAAGGAAAUUCAUGGUAGAACAAUUACCCCACCCCCCCACCCCUGCCUAGAAUUUUGUGAAAUUAUCUGGUGCAUGCUAAAUGUACAUUUAUUAUUUAUUUUGAGGUACGAACUUGAUAAUAAAAUUUCUAAAUGAA